AUGCAGAAGAUUCCCUCGCUCAAAACCUGUUUCGACGAGAUAGAGGAGACGAACGGCGACGAUGAGUGCAGGGCCUGGUUAGAUAGGGUUCUCGAUGCCAAAGUUGAGCUAGCAACAUUUGUUGCUGCCCGCCGGGGAGGAGGUAGAGCCACAGAGUACGUUGGUUUCCUCAAGGGUUCCUUCAAUUUCAGCCUCCGUUUCAAGUUCAGCGAUGGAGGGCCAGAUGCCAUUAUCCGUUUCCCAAAGCCAGGACACACAGCUACGGCUCUAAGGGACGAGAAGGUCGCGAACGAGGUCCAGGUUAUGGAAUAUCUCAACCAAAACACCACGAUCCCUAUCCCACGUGUUCAUAGUUGGGGUUUGACUUCUGAGAGCCCGCAGCAGUUUGGUCCGUUUAUCAUUAUGGAUUACGUCGAGGGGACGCUCUUGUCGACGGUCCUAAAGCAACCUAUGAAAAGCGACCAAGAGGACAUGAUAUUGGACCCAAGCAUCGACAACGCAAUAUUGAACAAGGUCUACCAUCAACUCGCCGAUUACCUGCUUCAGCUAUCUCAACUUUCCUUUACCCGCAUCGGAGCCAUCUCGAAAGACGGUGACACAUGGUCCAUUACCAAAAGACCACUGACUUAUAAUAUGAAUGAGUUGGCGACUGUCGCAGGCUAUUCAGAUGACCUCUUUCCAACCUCCACCUUCGAUCGUGCUAGCGACUACCUCAACUCGGUCGCGCAUGAGCAUCUAGCCCACCUUUGGACUCAGCGCAACCUCGCAGACGACCCGGAAAUUGCGCAGGCGCGGUUUAUUGCCCGGCAUCGGUUCGUCCAGCUUAUCCCAAAGUAUUGCAUUGACGACGCUGGGCCAUUUAUACCAUUCUGCGACGAUCUACGCCCUUCCAACAUGCUUGUUCAUCCACAGACGCUUCAAAUCACAGCGGUGCUCGAUUUUGAGUUUACAAACGCCAUGCCUGCACAGUUCACGUACGACCCACCUUGGUGGCUCUUGUUAUCUGGCCCAGAAGUAUGGCUCGAUCGUGGUUCCAUAGAAGAAUUCCGGAAUUGUUAUGAGCCCAGAAUGGAGCAGUUCCUCCGGGCGUUGGAACUAGUGGAGGGCAUGUCGGUCCCCGGCGGGGAGCAACUCACUAAACCACGUCUUUCUACUCGAAUGCGUGACUCGUGGAGGUCUGGUCGCUUCUGGUUCGAUUAUGCAGCCAGAAAGAGUUUCGAGCUAGAUGCCAUCUAUUGGGCUGCACUGCAUGACGGGGGCACCGGUAUUGAGUUGCUUGACGACGAGGCGCGUGCAGAGCUGGAGCCAUUCAUAGAGAAGAAGAAGGAGCAGCUGAUGGCGUACAAGGAGGAGUGUACUGCUCGUUUCUCCCAAGCAAGCCGAUGA